AUGAUGACUGUCUACUUCUACGGCAGCUUCACGAAGGAAGACUUCUUUUCGUGCUUCUUUUGGGUGAAGGACGAUCUGGACUACGACAACUCCAGUUCAGGGGGGCAGCGUUAUGUCAAGAAUAUUUGGGCAGCCCUAUGCACCCAUAUUAAAAUCCACAUUGAUGCGCGCCAGUCCGGCAAUCGGGAUGCUGAGGAGGGACGGUGGAGGGAUGUCCUCCAAUUCUGGGACGACCUGACAGACAACGAAGGGUUCAACGGCGUCCACAGAGCAAUGUUUGCGGAAAAGCUGUACGAGCACCGACCAAACCGCGGCAGGGAUCCGGCCCGGCCACGGAAGAAGAUAUUUCACGGCCAUGGAAGUUGA